UAUAAUUUCUAACUAAUUUGAAAAUUAGUUUCCAAAAACUCAGUUUGAGGGCUUCAUAAACUAAUAAAGUUCUUGUCUUUUCCUUUAACUACAUAAGUCUAUCUCUCCAAAGCAAGACAGGCUGCAAAUCUCUGCUGUGCAAUCAUCCUCCUGGCCUGCAGAAGUACAAACAAUUUUCCUCUUUUGAUGUGGCGUAGCAGUAGUGUCUUUAGCUCAGUCUUCCACUCCAACAUCAUCUUAAGCUGAAGAGAAAGGGUUGGGUUUUGGAAUUGUUUUUACAGCUGUAGUUCUAUCAUGUAAACAUGCACAAAUCAACUCCAAAUGACUAGAGAAACUGAGAUGUAAAAUAAUUCUUUAGUAUGAUGGGAUAUAACUGCUCAAGUGUUUUACCACACCUGUGUAGAAGUACCUGGAUCCCUCAUCUGUAUGGCUUAUAGUAACGGCUUUCUUAUGGUAGCUGUCUUCAUAGGGACCAAUGAUGGGAAUGUUUGUCAGCCAGUGUGAUUGUCUGCUGCCCUCUAGUGGUUGUGUCUGUGUGGUGCCAUGUGUUGUUGCAAUCGGUUGUUUUAUGUUAGAGGAAAAAUUCUCGGGGAAUCUGGGAUUUCACAUACCAAACAUAGUCACACCAUACAAAUGAUUCAUUCAGUUCAUUGACUAAUUCAUUCAGUUGUGUAACUUGAGAAAUACAUUUUGUGUGUACUUGUGUUUGAAUGUACUGUUCGUGUGUGAUACUUUUAGGCACUAUUUGAGCCCUAAUAGUGCACCCUCAUAAAAUCACAUUGACUUUCACAGUUUACUGCUCAGUGAAGCUUAUCUAAAAUAUCACAUUUUAUAUUUCACAUUGGCAUUUGGUCAUUGUUAGUGAGUAAUUCGUACUGUAUCAAACUUUACAAUGACAUGGAAACAGCAUAUCAUCAUGAUAAAAAACUUGUUUUAUUGCCUAUAAACAUAUAGACAUGUGAGUCAUAUGCUGACAUCAGUGCUUGUGAAAUCAUCAUAAAAAGCAUAGGUAACAUUAAAUAGACAUAGAUAUGUCUUAUAGUACCACACUGACUGUAGUGUGUCACUACGAAACUCCUCACAUCACACCUUGUUAAGGAAGUGAAAAAACGGAAGAAGCUUGUGACACGCACCAGGUGAAUGAUAUUCAUUUAUGUCUGUGUGUGGGUGUGUGGGUGUGUGGGUGUGUGUGUGUGUGUGUGUGUGUGUGUGUGUGUGUGUGUGUGUGGGUGUGUCUCUGUGUCUCUGUGUGUGUACAUGUAUAAAAGACUAGAUUAUAUGUGUUAAUCAGUCUUUUAUGUCAAGGUCUGUGUCUGGAUGUCUCAAUUCAAUCCAGUAACUCUUAAGUGAAUUUAUUUGUUCUUAUAGUUUCUGUUGUGAAAAAUCAACUAUCUAGAAGUGACUAAUGACAAGUGUAAUUGCAGACAUGUUGCGCAUUCUGACAUGACUGUGGUGCAUUUUCUCACUUCUUCAACUGUUUCAGGAAGUGGGGGAGAGUCACCAAAAUCAGGAAACUAAGUGUUGCUAUUAAUACAACUGAGCAGAGGGCUAUAGCUGGUGAAAGCAAAUGUAGUUUCAGUUGAAGAGGAAAGCACCUUCAGUAAACCUGAAGAACCAAAAGGACAUAUUUCGGCAAAUUAUGCUCCUUGCGGGGUGAUUUUAUGCACCUUUGAAACUUCACAGCCAUGGAAGAACACAUCUCAAGUAUUCAAUCAGCAUAUUCUGAAUCCCUCUCCACAUAUGAGUUGUUAAUUCUACACACUGCUGAGGCACAGGAGUGGGCGACAUAUCUGCAGCAGAUCUUGAAAUCAUCUCAUAAAUUCCGCAGAAGUUCUAUUUUGAUGUAUGCAGUCGGCCCAGACGAUCAGGUCCAUGGAUAUAACUUUGAAUAUUUCCACAGCUGCAAGUGCAUUGUGCUGCUUCUCACGGGAGCAUUCAUAGACAUCCUCUGUGACCCUGAACUGCACGGGGCACUUCAGAGACUCCUUUAUCCUUCGCACAGAGUGGUAGCGCUGUUGUGUGGAGUGUCAGAGGAUGACAUACUGACGGAGAGCUUUGAAGACUGGCCGAGCUGGAGGAAACUCUAUGCUGAGGAUGAGCCUGCUCUCUAUGUCUCCACUGUUUUGGAGGCCAUCGCUGACAGCAGACGAGCGGAGGCUGAACGUGACAGCAUAUCUGCAGCCGCAGCAGGGUUGCACAUCACUGCAGCCUCUUUAACUGAAAAUCCCACCAGUGAUGAAACAGAGGAAGUGGUGUCAGAACAGCAAAAAGAACCUGUCCUGAAGGAUGAAGGACCUGUAAGCCUGGGGAUUUCAGCCACUGAAGAAAUGAGUUCGCCCACGCACAGCACCUGUCUCACUGUUCAACCAAACAGAGUUCUGUGUGGGGAGCGGGAGAUCAUUUUUAUUAUUUUCACACACAAAGUGGAUGAGCAGUCGGUACCAGAGGUGGAGUUUUCGUGUGAACAUGUAGAUGCUAAAAGAGUCCUGGGCACUGUGGAGAAUGAAUACACUAUAAGUGUCACUGCCCCUGAUAUGCCUGCUGGAGUGAUAUCACUCACUAUGUACACUGACCAAUCAUGUAUCAGUUUGAAGCCUGUUACAUAUUAUACACACAUGGGAGAAGUCAAUCGGCAUCUUGAAAAUGCUACGGAUCCCGUUAACUUCAUCUGCCAGGCCUUCAACUUGACGUCCAAUUUAACAGAAUCACUGGACCACAUGCUAACUGACUCACUGAAAUCCAGGAUGCCUGCAAAUAGUCUUCAGCUGUUUGGAAUCAGACAGAUUGAAGAAGACAAUAUGGCGGCAUAUCAGCGUAACGAGGAGCUUCCCACACUGCUCCACUUUGCUGCCAAGUACGGCCUGAAGAAGCUGACCACCCUUAUUCUUCAGUGUCCUGGCGCUCUGCAGGCUUACAGCGUGAUGAACAAGCACGGAGACUACCCAAACACGCUGGCAGAGAAGAGUGGCUUCUCAGAUCUCAGACAGUUCAUGGACGAAUUUGUUGAGACAGCAGACAUGCUCAAGUCUCACUUUGCAGACUCCAUCAACGCAGACGACAGCGCAGAGGUGUAUGAGAUGAUGUCAAAUACGUCUCAAGAUAUCAUGAUGAAGUAUUCAGGUGGCUCAGAGGACAUAUAUGAGUCUAUGCUCGGGAUAAACCCUGAAUGUGCAGAGGACCUCUAUGAGGUGAUGGAGGCGGUAACCGAAAACCCAGAGGAAGCUAUGCUUAGGAAGUUUUUCCAAGCAAAACCUCAAGCCAGUGUAGACCAGGACAACAGAGAACACUUUAAAAGUGAGGAAGAGGAAAAAGAGGACCAGAAUGACUUAGAUCAAAUUGAAGAAGGGGAGGACCCAUACGACCUCUGCCCAGAGGAUAUCUAUUAUACUGUGGAUUCAGACAGUACCUAUAACCCAGGAGUUGUGAACCGUCCACCAGCCCCCAUUCCCAGACCUGAACAUGAGCCUAAGGCUGAGAAGUCCAUGACCUACAUCUCUAGAGUAUUUUCAGAUAAAAGUACAUCCCAAAGGCAAAUGAUGGAAACAGGAUAUUCUUCAGUUCAAGUUCAGCCUGUGUCGGACCCCCCCACACCUUUGUAUGACCCCUAUGCUGGGAUGAAAACACCUGGACAGAGACAGCUCAUAUCCCUGCAGGAGAGGGUGAAAGUCGGGGAAAUUACUGUGGAUGAAGCCGUCCAAGAGUUCAAGGCCUGGCAAUUUGACCAUGAACGCAGGGCCACCUCCUUACGCUAUCAGCAGGAAAAUCUGAAAAGAUUACGAGAAAGCAUCACCAGGCGUCACAAAGAGAGAGAAAAGACAGGAAAGGACCUUGAAUAUGAGAUAAGUGCUCCGCUGCAGAGAAACUUAUAUUGGGGCUCCAAUAUGACAUUAGAGUGUGCGGUGUAUGAGCCGGCACCCAGAGCGGUGGCUCCUCCCCCUCCAGUGGCUCAUACUAUUCAGAGAGGCAACUGGAAGACAGGUAGCACGUCCAGCACAUCCAGUACAGAGAGCAACAGACUCAGCAUUCACAGCACCUUGAGCUACAGCAGCGGGACAGAGCCGGACUUUGAGGACGCAGUAGAGAACCUCCCUCCUCCACCACGACCUCCGCGACCCUCUGAACCUGCACCCGUCAUUCCACCGCCCAGAAUUCCCCCACGGAUCCCAGAAAGGGCACCAGACAAGAUGCUGCAAGAGCGCUACAUAUCCUGCCCGACUCGAGCACUUCCUCAAAGACCCACUCAAAGACAGAGAAACUCAGCACCUCCCAUACCUCGUCGCUUGCGGUGAUAGACACGUGGUUUUCUAGAUUAUAGUCAGGGGGGAUUUUUAUGAAAGAGGGAUGGAUGAGCUUUUUUAUUUUAGUUUUUGUUUGUUUGCUUUUUUGCUUGACCUAAUUUUAUGUGUGAGUUUUGCCUAACAGAAUAAUGCAUUACCCAUAAUGUUUCAUAAUGUUUCAUUGUGUGUAUAUGUGUGUGUGUGUGUGUGUAUAUGUGUGUGUGGUUUUCAGUAGUAAGUGUGUGUUCAUUUCACCAGAGAAAAACAUGUAAUAUUCCUUUAUAUAAUUAAUAUGUCUUUACUUAUGAUUUUUUGUGACUUGUACUCUACUUAUUUUACCUCAAAUGGUGUCACCAUUAUACUUCUUAAGGGACUUACAGAUUUGAUGUGAUGUUUGUAUUGUAUCAUUCAUAAACUUGUAGUUUUGCAUACAUCAGACUUCAUGUAUCUUCUGAAUCUCACACAUAAUCACAAUGAAAUACCAUGAAAAUAUGGUCCUUUUAUAUUCUUGAAUGUAUAAUUAUUGAAAUUGGCUCACAAUAUGUAUUGAUUUUGUUCUUGUGCAAUAUGAGGUUUGGUCACUUGAUGGUGCCCCAUUUUCUCAGUUUGUACUUCACAGGUAAAGUCCUACCAAUAGUUUUCACAUGUAUGUGAAUACUUAAUAAUGUUUCUCAUUAUUUUUCUCACAGUAGUUUGUUCAAAUUACAGAUGAUUUCACUGUUAUGAAUUGAAAUGAACCCUGACUGCUAAAAAUGUCCUGUCCAAAGUUCUCUGGGGAGAGACACAUGUAAAGUUUGAGAAAGUGGAGCCAGCUAGGACUUCUGGUCAAAACUUUCAAAAUAAAUUUUUUACUGACAAACACACUGCAUCAAAGUGAAAAAACAUACAGUACCAGUCAGAAGUUUGGACACACUUUCUCAUUCAAGUGAAUGGGAAUAUAUUUCCGAAGACGUCUGCUGUAAUAUAAUUACAAGCAUGUUUUAUUUAUUUUAUGAUUCACUAUACAGAUUUGUGGCUUAUAAAUGUCAUACAAGGUGAUAAAAAGUGCAUUUUUGCUGUAUACUGAACAGUAUGUUGCUGACCACCCAGAGUUAUGAAUGCAUCAAAAACGAGCUCAUUUCUAUUAAUAUUCUUAUGUUUAUAUUACAGUUUGCAAGUUAAUAAGGAAGUGCUCAUGUGGGUAUUUUUCCUUCUUUUUUGAUUUGUUUUUUUUUUCAAUAAUAAAUAAGCUGACUUGCACAUUUAAA